AUGAACUGCUUUUGUACUGGUCUUCGGGGGAAGAAUGAGGCCGCCGAGAUAACUUUAGGGUCAAACUCAAAGGCAAAGCCCAAGAAACCGUCGGCGACUAGUUUCAGUUUUCGCGAGCUUGCAUCGGCAGCGAGGGGUUUCAAGGAAGUGAAUUUGAUUGGGGAAGGAGGUUUUGGAAAGGUGUACAAGGGUCGUCUCUCUACAGGGCAGCUUGUGGCUAUAAAACAAUUACGUCUCGAUGGAGAAACUCAUCAGGGUAAUCGGGAAUUUGUCACCGAGGUUCUUAUGUUGAGCCUCCUACACCAUUCUAAUCUUGUUAAGCUAUGUGGCUACUGCACCCACGGAGAUCAAAGGCUUUUGGUUUAUGAAUACAUGCCUAUGGGAAGCCUCGAACAACUUCUUGAAGAGAAAAAACCACUGAGUUGGAAAACGCGACUGAAGAUUGCGGUGGGGGCUGCCCGGGGCCUCCAGUAUCUCCACUGUUCAGCCAAUCCACCGGUUAUCUAUCGGGACUUGAAAUCUGCCAACAUCUUGCUAGACAACAAUUUACACCCAAAACUCUCUGAUUUUGGACUUGCGAAGCUAGGACCUGUCGGAGACAACACCCAUGUCUCCACCAGAGUCAUGGGAACGUAUGGCUACUGUGCCCCCGAGUAUGCCAUGAGUGGCAAAUUAACCAUUAAAUCUGAUAUCUACAGCUUCGGCGUCGUCUUGCUCGAGUUGAUCACCGGACGCAAGGCAAUGGAUGUCACCAGGAAACAACGGGAGCAAAGCUUAGUUGCAUGGUCUAGGCCAUAUAUGAGUGACCGGAGAAAGGUUUCGCUGAUUGUUGACCCUCUGUUGGAAGGAAACUACCCUUUACGAUGUUUGCACAAUGCAAUUGCGAUCACUGCAAUGUGCCUCCAGGAUCAACCCAAUCUUCGUCCGUCCAUUGGUGACAUUGUUGUUGCAUUGGAGUAUCUGGCCUCUGAAGGUGUUUCCGACGUCAGCAGGCAGCCACCACGCCAAUCACACUCCCAAUCAGACACAGACUAG